CGGACGCUGCCGCGGCAGUUUGCUUCUAACGAGAACGCGGAGAAGGAUAGAAAGCAACGGAGAAAGAAAGACUGCGUUCUCGUCUGGGGAAAAGAAUUAAAAAAAAAAAAAAACCAUCGAGCGAGGGAGGGGAGAGGGAGAAAAUUCCUCCGCUCAGGCGAGAUAUCCGACGCUGCUGGUUUGGUCAUGGGCAGCUUCUGCUUCCCAUUACCAAGCCCUGGUUGGUUUUGUGGUUUGCAGCUGUAUGCAGCAAGUUUUCAUCCUCUACCUGUCCAGGCUUGCCUAUUUGUGAACUCUGCUCUUGGGAUACUUGUGGCAUAUUUAUUUUGCACAUUGUAGCUGUUCUUGGGUCUAAAUAAAGAUGCUAAAAUUGCCUGAGGAGCUAGGGAAUCAGAUUGCGAACUCUGGCAAUCAUGUCAGGGAAGAAAGCGAAUAUGUGAGAUUGGUUGUACCCAGCGGACCAGGGAUGACUGAAGCUGAUAACUUGCAACCUCAAGCAGUAACAAGAAAGAAAUCUUUCAUCUGGUGGAUCAAAGUCUUAAUAUUGUGUAUUUUUACUGUUGUAUUUUUUCUCAUUUUCUUGAAAUGGGGAGUGCCGUUUCUUUUUGAUAAGGUUCUCCUCCCAGUCAUGCAAUGGGAGGCCACUGCCUUUGGUCGUCCAGUUCUUGCUCUUGUGCUUGUUGCUUCACUGGCAUUCUUCCCUGUGCUCUUAAUCCCUUCUGGCCCGUCCAUGUGGUUGGCGGGGAUGAUUUUUGGAUAUGGUCUUGGAUUUGUUAUAAUCAUGAUUGGAACAACUGUUGGAAUGAUCCUGCCAUAUGUGAUUGGAUUGCUGUUUCGGGACCGAAUCCAUCAAUGGCUAAAGAAAUGGCCUCAGAAAGCUGCAAUGAUAAGAUUGGCUGGGGAAGGGACCUGGUUGAAUCAGUUUCAAGUGGUUGCGCUAUUUAGAAUUUCACCAUUUCCAUACACAAUUUUCAACUAUGCUAUAGUGGCAACAAGUAUGAGAUUUUGGCCCUAUUUAUGCGGAUCAGUAGCUGGCAUGGUACCAGAAGCUUUCAUUUACAUCUAUAGUGGCCGGUUAUUAAAGACUUUAGCAGAUGUUAAGUAUGGGAAAUAUCAAAUGACUCUGAUCGAAAUCAUAUACAACAUUAUCUCCUUUGUAAUUGCUAUCAUCACGACAGUUGCAUUUACCAUCUAUGCAAAGAGAGCUUUAAAUGACCUUAAAAGUUCAGCAGCUACUGGAGAAGAAGUCUCUGCUUCUGAUCCCUGCAAUUUUGAGAUGGAGAAGCUUCCACUUGAAAGACCCAAGCAUCUGGGCUUUUCAUCCUUCUUGUCAUAACACGGAUACAUGUACAAUGGUAAGCCCUGUAAAGUGUUUAGACAUAGUGUAGGUCUUUAUGUUUGAUAUUUGUAAUUAGAAAAUUGGAAUCCUCGGGUUACAGAAAUAUAUAGCCAUUAAUUACAUAUUUUGUCAUUUACUUGUGUCUCAAUGUUGAAUUCUAUAUAGUGUAGUGAUGAGCUGAAUCUUGGACCAUGUUUAUGGAAUAAGGUGCAUUACUUGCUUGGAGUAAAA